UCCGGAAACUAUCGAGUGAAGCCGAAUAUCCACAACCAAAAUGGCGACAGCUGUGGUGAUGGGUCGGCGGAUAUAGUGAGUGACUCUGCUUGUCGCCCGCACAGUCACAAAAGGACACUAAUUGUUUUCACUAUUUUUAAUAGACCUGCUCCUUUUUCUACACAUUCACACGAAGCACCUUCCGCGCUUCUUCCCUCCUAAGUCGUCCACGGGCCUUGCAGCCAGCAGCACCGCUAAGACACCGGCUGGCGGGGCCGCGAUUAGCACCAUCCAUGCUCAGGACGCGGCCCCUUCCUGAACGAUGUGUGAAAUCUGUGCAGACUUGGUCGAGGUUUUAAACGAGAUAGCAGACACCGAAGGCAGUGAUGGAUUGCAGCUCAGAAAAGAAAAUGCACUCAAGAUAUUUGCCUACAUUAAUUCCUGGACCCAGAGGCAAUGUCUGUGCUGCUUUAAGGAGUAUAAACAUCUGGAAAUAUUUAAUCAAGUAGUGUGUGCCCUUAUCAACUUGGUGAUUGGACAAGUCCAAGCCCUGAGGGACCAGCUUUUGAAAAUUUGCACUACUAGUCCGCAUUCAAACUGGCCGGAUGAGAGUAAUCCAUCUGAGGAGCUGCUGAAUGUGGAGAAGGAGGCACAAGAUGACGAGGAGAGGGAAGAAGAGCACUCUGAUGCAUCCAAAGCACCUGAGGAGAAAUUGGAAAGUGGAAGGACUUGUAACUUGACUGACGAGGAGACGUUGAAUAGCACUGACUUGUUUAAUUUAUGGAGUACAGAGGAAAAAGAAAAACUGUUGUUGUGUGUGGCAAAAAUCUUUCAGAUUCAGUUUCCACUCUACACUGCUUACAAGCAUAAUACUCAUCCCACCAUAGAGGAUAUCUCUGCACAAGAAAGCAAUAUAUUAGGGGCCUUCUGUGAUAUGAAUGAUGUAGAAGUACCUUUACACCUUCUCCGUUAUGUGUGUCUGUUUUGCGGAAAGAAUGGCCUUUCACUCAUGAAGGAUUGCUUUGAAUAUGGGUCCCCUGAGACUCUACCGUUUAUCAUUGCUCAUGCAUUCAUCACAGUUGUUUCAAAUAUCAGAAUAUGGCUGCACAUACCUGCUGUGAUGCAGCACAUUAUACCAUUUAGGACCUAUGUUAUACGGUAUUUGUGUAAACUAUCUGACCAAGAACUGCGGCAAAGUGCGGCUCGUAACAUGGCUGACUUAAUGUGGAGUACAGUGAAAGAACCCCUGGAUACAGCAUUAUGCUUUGACAAAGAGAGUCUUGAUUUGGCCUUCAAAUAUUUUAUGUCACCCACGUUAACAAUGAGACUUGCUGGGCUUAGUCAAAUAACAAACCAACUUCACACAUUUAAUGAUGUCUGUAAUAAUGAGUCAUUGGUUUCCGAUACUGAAACAUCAAUAGCUAAAGAACUUGCAGACUGGCUAAUCAGCAACAAUGUUGUUGAACAUAUAUUUGGACCAAAUUUGCAUAUUGAGAUCAUCAAGCAGUGCCAAGUUAUACUGAAUUUUCUUGCAGCAGAAGGUCGACUAAGCACUCAGCACAUAGACUGUAUUUGGGCAGCAGCUCAGUUAAAACAUUGCAGCCGGUAUAUACAUGAUUUAUUUCCAUCGUUAAUCAAAAACCUGGAUCCUUUGCCCCUCAGACAUUUGCUCAAUCUUGUAUCUAGCCUUCAUCCCAGCACUCACACAGAGCAGACAUUGUAUUUGGCAUCAAUGUUGAUUAAAGCUCUCUGGAACAACGCACUAGCGGCCAAGGCUCAGCUUUCCAAGCAAAGCUCUUUUGCCUCUUUACUAAAUAAUAACAUACCAAUGGGAAAUAAGAAAGGAUCUCCUGCUGCUAGUCCUCAAAGCAGUGACAACAGUGAUACUCAUCACAGUGGAGGAAGUGAUAUUGAAAUUGAUGAACAACUAAUGAAUAGAUCUAAGCAUGUUCAGCAGAGGCUUUCUGAUACAGAGGAAUCCAUGCAAGGGAGUUCAGAUGAAACCGCUAACAGUGGCGAGGAUGCAAGCAGUGGACCUGGUAGCAGCAGUGGGCAUAGUGAUGGAUCCAGCAAUGAAGUGAACUCUAGCCAUGCAAGCCAAUCUGCUGGGAGCCCAGGCAGCGAGGUGCACUCGGAAGACAUUGCUGAUAUGGAAGCCCUAAAAGAUGAUGAGGAGGAGGAUGAGCAUUCGCAUAAAAACAGCAGGGUGGCAGAGCUUCAGAAGAGAAAAUUGGAAUCCCAAGCGGGUAUUUGUAUGGGUGAAUCUCAAGGGUCGGCAGACAGGAACUUAGUCAGUAGUGAAUCAGGCAAGGACCUGGUUUUUAAUUCAGAGUCUGUUCAACCAGGUGAUACCCGUAUUCGCAUCUUGGAUGCCUGCUCUCAUCCCGAAGAGCCUGAUCACGAUAUGGCAGGAGAAAUGAGUGGUGGUCACCUACAAGGCUCUCAUGACACUUGCAUCGCACGCACUGGAGACUUUCUUGGAGAAGCUAUUGGAAAUGAGCUGUUCAACUGCAGGCGGUUUAUUGGACCUCAGCACCACCAUCACCAUCAUCAUCACCACCACCACCAUCAUCACCACCACCACCAUCACCAUCAUGAGGGGCACAUGGUGGAUGACAUGUUGAGUGCAGAUGAUGUCAGCUGUAGCAGCUCACAAGUGAGUGCAAAAUCUGAGAAAAACAUGGCUGAUUUUGAUGGUGAAGAAUCUGCAUGUGAAGAAGAAUUAGUACAGAUCAAUUCACAUGCUGAACUGACUUCUCAUCUCCAGCAACACCUUCCCAAUCUGGCAUCUAUUUACCAUGAACAUCUAAGUCAAGGUCCUUCUGUGCAUAAACACCAGUACAACAGCAAUGCAGUUGUUGACAUAAACCUGGAUAAUGUUUGUAAGAAAGGUAACACUCUUCUGUGGGACCUAGUCCAGGAUGAAGAUGCGAUUCACCUUUCGGAAGGCUUAAUAAAUGAAGCAGAAAAGCUGCUCUGUUCCUUGGUUUGCUGGUUUACAGACAGGCAGAUCCGAAUGCGCUUUAUUGAAGGAUGCUUAGAAAACCUUGCCAAUAAUAGGUCAGUCGUUGUGUCUCUCCGGCUUCUUCCAAAGUUAUUUGGAACCUUUCAACAGUUUGGAAGCAGUUAUGAUACUCAUUGGAUAACCAUGUGGGCAGAAAAGGAGCUGAAUAUGAUGAAACUUUUCUUUGAUAACUUGGUGUACUACAUUCAAUCUAUCAGAGAUGGACAGCACAAGCAUACUCUGUACAGCCACAGUGCAGAGGUUCAAGUUCGUCUACAGUUUUUAACAUGUGUUUUCUCGACGUUAGGAUCCCCAGAUCAUUUCAGGCUUAGUCUUGAACAAGUAGACAUCCUUUGGCACUGUCUGGUGGAAGACAUGGAGUGUUAUGAUGAUGCACUGCACUGGUUCCUAAAUCAAGUUCGGAGUAAAGACCAACAUGCCAUGGGAAUGGAAACAUAUAAGCAUCUUUUCUUAGAAAAGAUGCCACAGUUGAAGCCGGAAACCAUUAGCAUGACUGGUUUGAACCUUUUUCAGCAUUUGUGCAAUUUAGCUCGGUUGGCAACUAGUGCAUAUGAUGGUGGCUCAAAUUCUGAGUUAUGUGGCAUGGAUCAGUUUUGGGGCAUUGCUUUAAGAGCACAGACUGGGGAUGUCAGCCGAGCCGCAAUCCAAUAUAUCAAUUCUUAUUACAUCAAUGGUAAAUCAGCUUUGGAAAAAGAGCAUGAAUUUAUUAGCAAGUGCAUGGAGAGUCUUAUGAUUGCAUCCAGUAAUCUUGAACAGGAUUCUCAAUCAAGUCUAACAAUUAUUGAAAGGGGCCUUCUAAUGUUAAAAACACACCUUGAAGCUUUUAGGAGACGGUUUGCAUAUCAUUUAAGACAGUGGCAAAUUGAAGGUACUGGCAUCAGUAGUCAUUUGAAAGCUCUUAAUGAAAAGCAGUCGUUACCACUGAGAAUUGUGUGCCAGCCAGCGGGGCUUCCUGAUAAGAUGACUAUUGAAAUGUAUCCAAGUGAUCAAGUGGCUGAUCUGAGGGCAGAAGUGACUCAUUGGUAUGAGAAUUUACAGAAGGACCAGCUAAACCAGCAGGCACAGCUCCAGGAAUUUGGACAAACCAAUCGGAAAGGGGAAUUCCCUGGUGGAUUGAUGGGGCCAGUCAGAAUGAUCUCUUCUGGACAUGAGCUAACGACAGACUAUGAUGAAAAGUCCCUACAUGAGCUUGGAUUCAAGGAUAUGCAGAUGGUGUUUGUGUCCUUAGGAGCACCACGGCGAGAGAGGAAAGGCGAAGGCGUGCAGCUGCCAGCAUCAUGCCUCCCACCUCCGCAAAAGGAAAACAUCCCAAUGCUUUUACUUUUACAAGAGCCGCAUCUCACUACCUUGUUUGAUUUGUUAGAAAUGUUGGCUUCCUUCAAACCACCAUCUGCAGAAAUGGUGAUGGAAGACGCAGAGAGUGCUAAAUGUGAAGAACUCCACCUUCAUGCUGAAAAUUUGUCCAGACGUGUGUGGGAGUUACUGAUGCUUCUUCCUACUUGCCCAAAUAUGCUGCAAGCAUUCCAGAAUGUUUCAGAUGAGCAGGGAAAUGAUAUACCUGGCUGGAAAGAUCUUCUACGGAUAAAAAGUGCUCAUAAACUCCUCUAUGCGCUAGAAAUAAUUGAAGCAUUGGGCAAGCCUAACAGAAGAAUAAGAAGAGAAUCAACGGGCAGUUAUAGUGAUUUGUAUCCAGACUCUGAUGAUUCCAGUGAAGAUCAAAUAGAAAACAGUAAAAAUACAUGGAGCUGCAAGUUUGUGGCAGCGGGAGGUCUGCAACAGCUGAUUGAGAUCUUUAAUUCUGGAAUCUUGGAACCCAAAGAACAAGAGUCUUGGACGUUUUGGCAGUUGGACUGUUUAGCAUGUUUGCUAAAGUUAAUUUGUCAGUUUGCUGUGGAUCCAGCAGACUUGGAUCUGGCAUAUCAUGAUGUCUUUGCCUGGUCAGGUAUAGCAGAGGGCCACCGAAAAAGAGCAUGGCCUGGAAAAUCAAGGAAAGCUGCUGGGGAUCAUUCAAAAAGCCUUCAUAUACCUCGUUUGACAGAGGUUUUUCUAGUUCUUGUUCAAGGAACCUGCUUGAUUCAACGGUUAAUGUCCGUCGCUUAUACAUAUGACAAUUUAGCCCAAAGGGUUCUGAAAGCGCAGUCAGACCAUAGAUCAAGACAUGAAGUGACACACUAUUCCAUGUGGCUUAUGGUUAGUUGGUCUCAUUGCUGCUCUCUAGUGAAAUCCAGUCUUGCAGACAGUGAUAACUUACAAGAUUGGCUAAAAAAAUUAACCCUUCUUAUUCCAGAGACUGCAGUUCGGCAUGAAUCAUGCAAUGGAUUGUAUAAAUUAUCCCUUUCUGGUUUGGAUAGUGGGGACUCUAUAAAUCGCUCCUUUUUGCUUCUUGCUGCAUCCACUUUAUUGAAGUUUCUUCCAGAUGCUCAAUCUAUAAAACCUCUACGGAUGGAAGAUUAUGAGGAAGAACCCAUCUUAAGGCCUGGAUGUAAAGAAUAUUUUUGGCUACUUGGUAAACUAAUUGAUAAUAUACAUGUGAAAGAUGCCAGCCAGACAACUCUGCUGGAUUUGGAUGCCUUAGCAAGACAUUUAGCUGAUUGCGUUCGCAGCAGAGACGUUGUGGAUUAUCAUGAUGGGAACAUAGAAGAUGAUGGUAUGACUGGACUCUUAAGGCUCGCAACAAGUGUCAUCAAACAUAAACCCCCUUUUAAAUUUUCCAGAGAAGGACAGGAAUUCCUUCGAGAUAUUUUUAAUCUACUUUUCCAGUUGCCAAACCUUAAAGACAAACUACAGCCAAAAUGUAAAUCUCAUUCUUCCAGAGCUGCUGCUUAUGACCUCCUGGUAGAAAUGGUGAAAGGCUCAGUGGAGAAUUACAGGCUGUUACACAACUGGGUAAUGGCACAGCACAUGCAGUCCUCUCAUUCACCUUAUAAAUGGGACUAUUGGCCACACGAUGAUGUCCGUUCUGAGUGUAGGUUUGUUGGCCUGACUAAUCUUGGAGCAACAUGUUAUCUGGCAUCUACCAUUCAACAGCUGUACAUGAUUCCUGAAGCUAGACAAGCCGUUUUUACUGCUAAGUAUUUAGAUGACAUCAAGCAUAAAACUACUUUACUGGAACUCCAAAAAAUGUUUACAUAUCUAAUGGAAAGUGAAUGCAAAGCUUACAAUCCAAGGCCUUUUUGUAAGACAUACACUAUGGAUAAACAACCACUUAACACUGGGGAGCAGAAAGAUAUGACUGAAUUCUUUACAGAUCUUAUCACAAAAAUUGAAGAAAUGUCAUCUGACCUAAAAAAUACUGUAAAGACUUUAUUUGGAGGUGUCAUCACAAACAAUGUUGUUUCUUUAGAUUGUGAACAUGUAAGUCAGACUGCCGAAGAAUUUUAUACAGUCAGGUGCCAAGUAGCAGAUAUGAAGAAUAUUUAUGAAUCUUUAGAUGAAGUUACAAUUAAAGAUACUUUGGAAGGUGACAACAUGUACACUUGUUCACAGUGUGGCAAGAAGGUGCGAGCUGAGAAGAGGGCAUGUUUUAAGAAAUUGCCUCGCAUACUAAGCUUUAAUACUAUGAGGUAUACAUUUAACAUGGUCACCAUGAUGAAGGAAAAAGUCAACACACACUUCUCUUUUCCUCUGCGUUUGGAUAUGACUCCAUAUACAGAAGAUUUUCUAAUGGGAAAGAAUGACAGAAUGGAAGGUUUUAAGGACAAUGGUGAAGAACUAGAAGAAACAGAAAGCUAUGAGUAUGACUUAAUAGGGGUUACUGUUCAUACUGGUACUGCAGAUGGUGGCCAUUAUUAUAGCUUCAUCAGGGAUAUCGUGAAUCAACAUGCCUACAAAAAUAACAAGUGGUAUCUUUUCAAUGACGCAGAAGUAAAGCCAUUUGACUCUGCUCAAUUAGCAUCAGAAUGUUUUGGUGGAGAAAUGACAACAAAAACCUAUGAUUCAGUCACUGAUAAGUUUAUGGACUUCUCAUUUGAAAAGACACACAGUGCUUACAUGCUGUUUUACAAACGGGUGGAGACAGAAGAGGAAAAUAGUAAAGAAUUUAAAUUUGAUGUCUCUUCAGAGCUUCUAGAGUGGAUUUGGCAUGAUAAUAUGCAGUUUCUCCAGGAUAAGAAUAUAUUUGAACACACUUAUUUUGGGUUUAUGUGGCAGCUGUGUAGCAGCAUUCCAAGUACAUUGCCAGAUCCCAAAGCAGUGUCUUUAAUGACAGCAAAGCUUAGCACUUCAUUUGUCUUGGAGACAUUUAUUCAUUCAAAAGAAAAGCCAACAAUGCUUCAGUGGAUUGAAUUGCUGACAAAACAAUUCAACAAUAGUCAAGCAGCAUGUGAGUGGUUUUUGGACCGCAUGGCUGAUGAUGAUUGGUGGCCUAUGCAGAUUCUGAUCAAGUGUCCUAAUCAGAUUGUCCGACAGAUGUUCCAGCGCCUUUGUAUUCAUGUAAUUCAGAGGCUGCGGCCGGUGCAUGCACACCUCUACCUGCAGCCAGGCAUGGAAGAUGGGUCUGAUGAUAUGGACGGUCCUGUGGAGGAUAUAGGCAGUCGAUCCUGUGUCACACGUUUUGUGAAGACGCUACUGUCUAUCAUGGAACAUGGUGUGAAACCUCACAGUAAACAUCUUACAGAAUACUUUGCCUUUCUCUAUGAAUUUGUCAAAAUGGGAGAGGAGGAGAGCCAGUUUUUGCUGUCACUACAAGCCAUAUCUACAAUGGUACAUUUCUACAUGGGAACUAAAGGUCCUGAAAAUCCCCAGGUUGAAGUGUUAUCUGAAGAAGAAGAAGGGGAGGAGGAAGAGGAAGAAGAUAUUCUUUCCUUAGCUGAAGAAAAAUACAGACCAGCAGCUCUUGAAAAGAUGGUUGCUUUGAUUGCUUUCCUAGUGGAACAGUCUCGUUCAGAAAGGCAUCUUACGUUGUCCCAAAAUGACAUGGCUGCUCUGACAGGAGGAAAGGGCUUCCCUUUCCUCUUUCAGCAUAUACGUGAUGGUAUUAAUAUCAGGCAGACUUGCAAUCUUAUUUUCAGCCUUUGUCGAUACAAUAAUCGCCUUGCGGAACAUAUUGCAUCAAUGCUUUUUACAUCUAUAGCAAAGCUGACCCCGGAGGCUGCAAAUCCUUUUUUCAAGUUGCUGACUAUGAUUAUGGAGUUUGCAGGAGGUCCUCCAGGAAUGCCACCGUUUGCUUCAUACAUUUUACAAAGGAUAUGGGAGGUGAUAGAAUACAACCCCUCUCAAUGUCUUGAUUGGCUGGCAGUGCAGACCCCUCGCAAUAAGCUGGCUCAUAGCUGGGUACUACAAAACAUGGAGAACUGGGUGGAACGUUUCCUACUUGCACACAACUAUCCCAGAGUGAGAACAUCUGCCGCCUAUCUUUUAGUAUCACUGAUUCCAAGCAACUCAUUUCGUCAGAUGUUCCGUUCAACCCGUUCCCUGCACAUUCCAACACGAGAUCUUCCCCUUAGUCCCGACACAACUGUGGUUCUUCAUCAAGUGUACAAUAUUCUUCUUGGCUUGCUUUCAAGGGCUAAGCUCUAUGUGGAUGCUGCUGUUCAUGGAACCACAAAGCUGGUGCCAUACUUUAGCUUCAUGACAUAUUGUUUGAUUUCCAAAACCGAAAAGCUCAUGUUUUCUACCUAUUUUAUGGACCUCUGGAAUCUGUUCCAACCCAAACUGUCUGAGCCAGCAAUAGCCACAAAUCAUAACAAGCAAGCUCUUCUCUCCUUCUGGUACAAUGUCUGUGUUGAUUGUCCUGAGAAUGUACGCCUUAUUGUUCAGAACCCUGUGGUGACCAAAAAUAUUGCCUUUAACUAUAUCCUGGCUGAUCAUGAUGACCAGGACGUAGUACUCUUCAACCGUGGAAUGCUGCCAGCUUAUUAUGGUAUUCUGCGUAUGUGUUGUGAGCAGUCUCCUGCCUUUACUCGUCAGCUUGCCUCACAUCAGAACAUUCAAUGGGCCUUCAAAAACCUCACACCACAUGCAAGCCAGUACCCUGCGGCUGUAGAAGAGCUGUUUAACCUUAUGCAGCUCUUUGUAGCUCAAAGGCCAGAUAUGAGAGAAGAAGAGCUAGAAGAUGUGAAGCAGUUUAAGAAAACAACCAUUAGCUGUUAUUUGCGCUGCUUGGAUGGCCGCUCCUGCUGGACAACUUUAAUAAGUGCCUUCAGAAUAUUGUUAGAGUCUGAUGAAGACAGACUUCUUGUUGUGUUUAACAGAGGGUUAAUUUUAAUGACAGAGUCAUUCAACACUUUGCACAUGAUGUAUCAUGAAGCCACAGCCUGUCAUGUAACUGGAGACUUGGUAGAGCUUCUGUCAAUAUUUCUGUCGGUUCUUAAAUCUACUCGUCCAUAUUUACAGAGAAAAGAUGUUAAGCAAGCUCUUAUUCAGUGGCAAGAAAGGAUUGAAUUUGCUCACAAACUCCUCACCUUGUUAAAUUCUUACAGCCCUCCAGAGCUACGGAAUGCUUGCAUCGAUGUCCUUAAAGAACUUGUGCUGCUGAGUCCUCAUGAUUUUUUACACACACUGGUGCCAUUUUUACAACACAAUCAUUGUACAUAUCAUCACAGUAAUAUCCCAAUGUCACUUGGCCCUUACUUCCCGUGUCAUGAAAAUAUGAAACUGAUCGGAGGGAAAAGCAAUAUCCGUCCACCUCGCCCUGAGCUCAAUAUGUGCCUCCUGCCCACAAUGGUAGAAUCCAGCAAGGGUAAAGAUGAAGUCUAUGAUCGCAUGCUGCUAGAUUACCUGUCUUCUUAUCAUCAGUUUAUCCAUCUCCUCUGUCGUGUAGCAAUCAAUUGUGAAAAGUUUACAGAAACAUUAAUAAAACUGAGUGUUCUGAUUGCUUAUGAAGGGUUGGCUCUACAUCUUGCAUUAUUUCCAAAACUUUGGACUGAGCUGUGUCAAACACAGUCUGCAAUGGCGAAAAACUGCAUUAAGCUGCUGUGUGAAGACCCUGUUUUUGCGGAGUAUAUUAAAUGCAUUUUAAUGGAUGAACGAGUGUUUCUCAAUAACAAUAUUGUCUAUACAUUCCUGACACAUUUUCUUAUGAAGGUUCAAAGUCAGGUUUUCUCUGAGGCAAAUUGUGCAAGUCUCAUUAACACAAUUGUUACAAAUCUCAUCAAUCAAUAUCAAAAUGUCGAGUCUGAUUUUAUCAACCGAGUUGAAAUUUCCAAAGCAAGCAGCACUUUAAAUGGGGAUCUCCGAGCGUUAGCCCUUCUUCUUUCAGUCCACACUCCAAAGCAGCUUAAUGCAGCCUUAAUACCCACUUUACAAGAACUUCUGAGCAAAUGCAGAGCAUGUCAGCAACAGAGAAAUACAUUACAAGAACAAGAAACCAAAGAUGGAAAAACUAAAGAUGACGAAGGUGCUACCCCUGUAAAAAGGAGGAGAGUUAGCAGCGAUGAGGAUCACAUGGUUGAUUCCUGCAUUAGUGAUAUGAAAAAUGAGAGAGAAGCAUCUACUCCUACAAGCACAUCAGACAAUGAAACUAGGGACUCCUCAAUAAUUGACCCAGGAACUGAACAAGAUCCUCCUUCUCCUGAAAAUAGUUCUGCUAAAGAAUACAGACUAGAAGUUUCUUCCUCCUUCUCAGAAGAUGUAAUGCUGCCUACAAGGCCACAACAAACUGAAGACCAUCCAAGUAACGCCAGCAAAUUUGAAGAUGUCAAAGAAAUGAAAGACCUUGAGAGCCCUAAGGACACUAAUGUGACUGAUGAAGACAAUGAACUACCUUCCACCUCUAUUUCAGCAGUGCUGGCUGACUUGGCAGAUCUAAGGGGUUGUGAUGGGCAAACAUUAUCCUCUCAAAAUUCAGAGUUAAGCUUGUCUUUAAAUUGUGACCAUUCCAGGGGACUUUUUAGUCACAUUCAACAAAAUGACAUUUUAGAUACCCUGUGCAGGACCAUUGAGUCCACAAUUAAUGUGGUCUCCAGGAUAUCAGGAAAAGAAAACAAAGCUGCUUCUUGACAUUAGUUGUAGCAUGUCUGCUUUUAAUUCUUUAUUUUUUUAAGCUUUGUAUACAAGUUUUGCAUUUUUUUCUGUUUUGUGCUUAAGUUUGUCAAGUGCUUUCUGCUUGAAUGGCAAAAUAGAUUUAUAUGCUUCAUCCAUGGUGAGGCAGAACUCCAGAAAAACUUGCAUCUCCAGUACACUUUGUAAAGGGCAAUCAUAAUGAGUAUGUUUUAUGUAAUUCAGGUUCACUAUAGUGGCUUUCAUUUAAUAUGACCGCCUGGAAUAUGGGGGUUUUCUUGCCCAAUAGGAUGUAAUUUAAAAGUCAUUUUUACCGUGUAUAAUAUAGUGUCCUCUGUGCCAGUUUUGUACUUUAUAAAAGAGGCAGAUUGCCUCAAAUCGCUGUGGUUCUUAUUAUCAAAAUUAAGUUUACUUGUACUAAACCACAAGAAAUUUGAUUCUGUAAAGAAUCCUCUCUAGCUGUGGCCUGGCAGUAUAUAUGGUGCUUUAUUUAACAGAAUACCUGUGGAGGAAAUAAAGCACACUUGAUGUAAAAAAGAUAAAACCACAAAAAUAAUUGUUUUAUUUUAUUGACAUGAUUGAUCGCUAUUCUGUGCACUUCAUUAAAUUAAUUGUGAUGACUUUUUAUUGCUGUGUAUAUUACCUUCCUUUUAAAAUUUAGUUCACGUUUGCCCGUUAAAAAAAAUGUUUCCAUUUUUUCUGUUCAUUGGUCCAGUUAUGGGCACCUUUUAAUGGCCUUGUUCAAUUAGCUCCAAUAAAGAUUUUUUUUAUUUUUUUUUUUAUUUUGGCAAUAGGGGCUGACAAAUUUAGGGAAGAAUCCAUUUUAUGUUUCAAAUGUUAAGUUGUGAUUACAGCAAAAUAAAGGUUAAGGUAUAUUGUUUUAUACUACAUCUUGUUUAUAAGUGUUGCAGAAAGUGUAAAAUGAUAGAGAAGAUGAUCAAACUCACCACUGUUAAUACCAUGAUCCAAACUGAAAAUAAAAUAUUUUAAGGAGACAUUCCUAUGAGGAAUGUUGAACAGA